AUGGGAACACAGUUGGGCGUUAAGCCGUGCCGCUGUUGCCUCUUGGGUCCGAAAGGGGAACAGAUCACUCCUAGGAAGAAGCUGCUUACCAGAGCAUUGGAGAGUUUCUAUGAUAACUGUGCAGCGUACAACUUGAGAUACAUCCCAUACCGAACGCUGACGGACCAGACUUGCGUUCAAACCAUCGUGAAAGACUUCGUGCUGCUGUUCUGUUUCUUCGUGACCAACUUUGUGGUGUUUCUGACCAUUCUUGCCAGGAUCGCUAUGCACCUGUGCGAUCUCUUCUUCGAAGCUUUUGAUUGGAUGAAGGAAAUGUCUAAGAGCCCGGAAAAACCGCCCCAGAAGAAAAUGCUGACUCACAUCUCGCCUCAGGAAGACUGUCCCAACUUCUGCCGAAACCCGAGGAACAGACAGCACGUGGUAGUCAGCCACUAAACCUCUAAACAUUUAUCCGCCGUACUGUAC